AUGCACAGCCCUAACAGAACCGAACAACGGGAAGAACCAAUUGCGAUUAUUGGGAUCGCGUGUCGUUUUCCUGGGGGAGCCAACACGCCAUCGAAGCUUCGAGAUUUGAUCCACUCGCCUCAUGAUCUCUCGAGGACUGUCCCCACAACCCGAUUUGAUACAAAGAGUUUUUUCCACUCGGAAUCAUCUCACCAUGGAACGACCAAUGCCGAUAAAGCGUACUUCCUCGACGAUGACGUUAGCCAUUUCGAUGCUCCUUUCUUCAAUGUCCAGGCAACUGAGGCUGAUGCCAUUGACCCUCAACAGCGGCUGUUGAUGGAAGUCGUCUAUGAGUCCCUGUGCAAUGCCGGCCAAAGAGUCGAGGACAUGAAAGGCUCAAACACUGCUGUUUAUGUUGGGUUAAUGUGCGAUGAUUGGGCUCAGAUCACAGGUCGGGACUGGGAUAUGAUCCCUACCUACCAAGCGACUGGCACUAGCCGCGCCAUAUUAUCGAACCGUGUCUCUUACUUUUUUGACUGGCAUGGACCGAGCAUGACCAUUGAUACAGCCUGUUCAUCGUCUCUAGUUGCCGUACACCAAGCCGUGGCGGCUCUGCGAAGCGGCGAAAGCCCAAUGGCGGUAGUGGCGGGUACAAAUCUCAUCCUUUCUCCUGGAAUGUGGAUUGCCGAGAGUAACUUACGGAUGCUGUCGCCAACGGGUACGAGCAAAAUGUGGGAUGCUGCAGCAGAUGGUUACGCCCGUGGUGAAGGUGUUGCUGCAGUCAUAAUGAAACCAUUAACUGCCGCCAUAAGAGAUGGCGACAAUAUUGACUGCAUCAUUCGUGCCACAGGCAUCAAUCAAGACGGACGAACGAGCGGCAUUACAGUGCCCAGCAACCUAGCCCAGACACAGCUGAUCAUCGACACAUAUGCUCGCGCUGGAAUGGACAUCAAUGACACCAAAGACCGUCCACAGUUUUUCCAUGCGCACGGGACAGGGACACGUGCUGGUGAUCCUCAAGAAGCUGAAGCCAUCUCUCGUGCCUUCUUCCAAGGUGAAUGUACUGCCAAGGCUCCCCUAUAUGUCGGGUCAAUAAAAACCGUGAUUGGGCAUACUGAAGGUACGGCCGGUCUUGCUAGUCUCGUGAGUACUGCGUUAGCCAUGAAGUCUGGUUUCAUUCCCCCGAAUCUGCAUUACAAUACACUGAGCCCUUCCGUUGCACCAUUCUGUACGCAUCUCCGCGUACCGACUGAGACUAUUCCAUGGCCAGAGACUACACCAGGACAGCCCCGGCGUGCAAGUAUUAACAGUUUUGGGUUUGGUGGCACUAAUGCCCAUGCCAUUAUCGAACAUUACCCUACACUCGGAUCUGUGAACCCUGUGUCUACCAUGCAGGCCGUUUUCAGUCCAAUCAAUAUCUCAGCAGCUUCGGCAUCUGCUCUGCGCCAGUCAAUGCUGGAUGUCCAAGCCUACCUUGUGGACCACGAAGACACCAACAUCCAUGAUUUGGCUCAUACGCUGAAUGCCCGUCGGUCGACUCUCGCAUUUCGGAAAACUCUCACAUGCGAGAGGGUCGAGGAUGUGGUGGCUACUAUCGAGGAGCUGCUCAAUGGUGAAGGAAGUGCCGUAUUGGAUACGCGCUAUCCGAACGUUCCAACGCCAAAAGUUCUGGGAGUCUUUACGGGUCAAGGCGCACAAUGGCCGUCAAUGGGUGCCGCACUGAUUCAAAAGUCGCCUUUCGUGGCUGCUCGUUUGGCCGAGCUGGAUACGGCAUUGUCUUCCCUUCCGCCAACAGAUCGACCAGACUGGACCUUGAGCCAACAGCUUGCAGCACCACAGAGCUCCUCGAGGCUUUCGGAAGCGGCCAUCGCUCAGCCGCUUUGUACAGCUGUUCAAAUAGUUCUGAUCGACCUGUUAAAGACAGCAGGUAUUCCAUUUUGUGCGGUGGUGGGUCACUCUUCUGGAGAAAUUGGUGCAGCAUAUGCAGCAGGGUUUCUUAGCAGUGGCGAUGCACUACGGAUCGCAUAUUAUCGCGGAUUUUAUGCGAAGCAAGCCCAGUCUCCCUCGGGAGCCAAAGGUGCAAUGAUGGCUGUUGGGACGACAUAUGAAGAUGCCACUGACUUUUGCUCUUUGGAUGAAUUCGAAGGCCGCAUACAGGUGGCGGCUCAGAACUCUCCCACUAGCGUCACGCUUUCUGGUGACGAAGACGUUAUCGACGAAGCUCUUCGCGUUUUUCAGGACGAAGGCAAAUUUGCGCGCAAACUACAGGUUGAUACAGCUUAUCAUUCUCGCCAUAUGUUUGCUUGUGCGGAACAGUACCGCGAUGCCUUGACAAGAUGCGAUUUACGUAUUCGACCUGGGAACGACAUUGUUUGGCUCUCAAGUGUGCUCCCCGGACACCCCAUGACUGCACUCCUUCUUGAGGAUCUCGGCCCCAAUUAUUGGGUUGACAACAUGACAAACUCCGUACAGUUCGCGCCAGCUGUCAUGACAGCUACUGAAGAUCUCGGGCCCUUUGACGUUGUGAUAGAAAUUGGUCCUCACCCAGCACUCAAAGCUCCAUGCCUCGAUAGCAUUAGGUUAAAGGCUGACCAAGACCCUCCAUACACAGGCUUACUGAGGCGCUUCAAGGAUGAUGUGAGCGAAGUCAAAAAAGGCAUGGGAUUUGUUUGGACGCACCUAGGGCCAAAGUCGGUAGCAUUCGAUCGUCUGGAGAGCGUUUUGCGUGGUUCCUCGACUCCACCAAAACUACUGCCUGAUCUCCCUGCUUACCCUUUCGAUCAUACCCGGUCGUAUGGUGCGCUUACUCGAUAUUCAGGUGGACACCUCGUUUCUCUCGAAGCUCCGAACCCUUUGCUCGGACGCAGGCUUGUUGAAUCUGAGACAACCGACCAGAUUUCAUGGCGCAAUAUCCUUUCUUCAAGCGAGAUCAGUUGGUUACAAGGCCAUGCUUUACAGGGUCAGAUUGUAUUUCCAGCAAUGGGUUACGUAGCCAUGGCUACAGAGGCGAUUGCAGCCAUUGCCGGCCCUAAUCGCCAGCUCGGACUCCUUGGCCUGCGGAAUCUUGUCAUUGGUCGCGCUCUUGCGUUCGAAGACGACCGAAGCAAGAUGGAGACUAGAGUAGUGGUCACGAUCGAUAGCCUGACAGAUGAGGAGUUCCGGGGUACUUUGACCUGUUAUUCCGGACUGCCGCAUAGUAGCACAACACCACUUGCACGAAAUUUCAAUACCCAGAUUUCUGCUACUUUCCACCAAUCACACUCGGACACUUUACCAGCCGUCCGCACGGACGAAUUCAACCUUCACGAAAUUGAGACGUCGCAAUUCUAUGAUCAUUUUACUCGGCUAGGCUACAACUAUAGCGCUCCGUUCACUGGUGUUACGAGUAUCAAACGCAGAAGUGGGUAUGCCACUGGUAGUAUUGAAGAUGUCUCGGGCAAGGACUGGGAGGACCAACUUCUCAUUCAUCCAGGAUGGCUAGACUGCGCACUGCAAACGUGCUUUGCCGCCCAUUCCUAUCCUCAUGAUAACCGCAUGUGGAGUAUGCAUGUCCCAGUUGCCAUUCGGUCCAUUACCAUUAACCCAUACUUCACAACUCAUGGAGCUGGUGGAAGGCAGAAGAAAUUCGAGUAUCAAAGUGUCGUUACGGAGUCGCCUUCCGCUCCUCUAGUUGCCGAUAUUGAUGUGUUUGCGGGGCACAGAUUCGACGAGCCAUUCGUCCAAAUCGAGUGUGUGGAAGUCAAGCCAUUUGCCCAGAGCUCCGCGGCAGACGAUGCCACCCUGUUCACGGGCUUUGACUACCGCCUUGCAUCGCCCGACGUAGCCGCCGUCGUAGCCGGCGAAGACUUUUACAACACAGAGCGACUCAAGAAGUUACAAGUGUUCGAGCGAGUGGGAUACUUCUACAUCCGGGAGAUGCACGAAACCUUGACACAAGCGGAAAAGGACAAUGCCUUGCCACAUUACAAGCAUUUCUUAGGAUAUGCCGAGCGAAUGGUGUCCGACGUGCGCAAGGGCGUGUUACUGAAUGUACCAUCAGAGGCAUACAAGGACUCUCGUACUUACAUUCAGUCACUAAUAGCCCAAUAUCCAGGAGAUGUCGACUUCGAAUUGCUGGAGGCCGCUGGCGAGAACGUUGUAAGCUGUAUACGUCAAUCAAGCAGUGUUCUCCAAUACUUCCUGGCAGACAAUCUGCUGGAUCGGUUCUACGAACAGUCUGUGGCGCUCACAUACAACAACACAUUGAUAGGACGUAUAGUCGCUCAGAUUGCUCAUCGUCAUUCAAAUCUGCGCAUAUUCGAGGUUGGCGCUGGGACAGGAGGGGCCACUGGUUGUAUUCUUCCGGCAUUAGGAGAUGCGUUCUCAACAUACACAUAUACUGACAUUUCUGCGGGGUUCUUCAACCGUGUCCAAGAUCGGUUCCAGGGUUAUCUGAAUCGUAUGAAAUUCGCCACGUACGACGUGGACAGAACGCCAGCUGAACAAGGCUUCGAGGAACAUACAUAUGACGUUGUUGUUGCGUCCAACGUGCUCCAUGCCACAGCCUAUAUGGAUAAUACGAUGGCCAACGUCCGCCGCUUGCUGCGGCCUGGCGGCUAUCUUAUCGCGCUGGAGGCGAUCACCAACUACUCUCUUGCCACGCAUGCCAUCUUUGGUACACUGCCAGGCUGGUGGGCCGGUGCGGAGGUAGAGAGCUGGCGGCGCGACGGGCCAGCCCUGACCAUCGAUCAGUGGACUGCUUUAACACGCAGACACGGUUUCAGCGGGGUGGAUACGCACGCUCCCAUAUCAAGUGCCUUGCAGGCAUUCACUGUCCUCGUCUUUCAAGCAGUCGAUCCCAUUGUGCAUAGUCUACGGAACCCUCUUGCUGUUGAAUUGACUCCAUCGGCACAAGAACUUGUUGUUGUAGGUGGACUCACUCUCGCGGUUUCGGAACUCCUAGGAGAAGUCACAGAACUUGCUGGUACCCAUUUUUCUAGAGUUAUCCACCGGAUAUCCCUGGAGGAACUCAAUACGCUUGGUUUGGCCCAAGAGUCUACGGUCCUCUGUCUCACGGAACUCGAUGACGAAUUUCUCAAACAUCGGAACGCCGCGAAAUUUGAAGCAUUGAAGGUUCUCUGGCGAAAGGGACGCAAUGUACUAUGGGUGACACGAGGUGCAAGAGCAGAACAGCCCCACUCUGCAAUGAUGCUGGGACUAUGCCGCUCCAUUCGUCAUGAAUACCCUCACUUGAACCUGCAAAUUCUCGACUUUGACAUCAUGCCAUCUGCCAAAUCUACCGUAGAAGUCCUUCUUCAGCUCGAAGUCACGUCGCAGCUAAAGGCAGAAGGCUACGAGGAUGUUCUUUGGACCUUCGAGCCAGAGAUACAUGUCGUGGAAGACCAGGCUUGGAUUCCUCGCUUGUACCCUAAUUCUCCUGCCAAUAAAAGAUACAACACCUCCCGACGAUUAGUGCGACACGAUGUCAAUCUCGAAAACACUGCCGUCGAGUUGGUAGCCAAGACGAACAAGAAUGUGUUUAACAUCCAGAUCGUGUCGCCAUUGAAACGUCCCGUUCUAGCUCUUGAAUCGACGAUACGUGUCAAGAUUCAGUAUUCGAUGUUGCAAGCCAUCAAAGUCUCAGAGGGAUUCCUUUAUCUGUGCGCAGCAAUGAACGUUCAAACAGAUGAGCACGUCAUCGUACUUACAAACGAAAGAGUAACCUCGAUCAUGGAAAUACCGACAUCGUGGGUCAAGGCCGUGUCAAAUGCGCCAGACAGCAUGAUCGUGAGUACGAUGGCACGUCACAUGAUUGCACAAAGCAUUCUCUCCAAUAACGCCACAGAGGACGGGACCAUUCUCGUGCACAAUGCAAGUGAGAUACUUCGUAAAUCAAUCAGUAAGAAUGCGGCGGACCGUGGCAUUCAAGUCACAUUUACUACGGGCAGAAAACCGCUAGCGAAAGCUAGUUGGAAUGCUCCCGAGAUAUACUUGCAUGAGAGGCUUCCUCAGCGUAAAGUUGAGAAUAUCGUACCGCAUGACACGAUGGUCUUUCUUGACAUGUCUCCAGCCGACAAUCCCUUGAGUGACUUGCUACGGAAAUCUCUUCCUCCACGAAGCAUGGCAUACACCGCAUCCGACUUUAUUCGAGCUCACGCCGACACUUCACGGCUAACGGAUGAUGCGGCUGCCAGGCAUAUCUUCGAAGUGGCAUACCGAACAGUGGCACGUCUAAGCCCUCGUAUGUCCGCUCAGGAUUGUCUUCCCAUUGUUUCGUUGACACAAGUGGGGACUUUCAAGCAAGGUAAUGAGGAACUCACCAUUGUGGACUGGAAAUGCCCGUCACAUAUCACAGCGAGUGUGCAGCCUAUUGAUGCUGGAGCUAUCUUCCGCGAUGACGGAACUUACUGGUUGCUUGGAAUGACAGGGGAUAUGGGAGUUUCCAUUUGCCAUUGGAUGGUUCACCACGGCGCGCGACACGUUGUUUUGAGCAGCCGGAACCCCAAGGUCCAUCCAAGAAGCUUUGAGUCGCUUGAAGCCUUUGGUGCUAAUAUCCGGAUCAUGAGUGUGGACAUUAGCAAUCGCAAACUUUUGCGCGAAUGCCACAACAAGCUCCAGGCAGAUAUGCCACCGAUCAUCGGAGUGGCCAAUGGAGCGAUGGUUCUCGAGGAUAAUCUGUUCGAGGAAGUUGAAUAUGAUUCUAUCGAGCGCGCCAUGCUUCCAAAAGUUGAGGGAAGUAUAUAUCUGGAUGAGCUCUUCUACUCGACCCCGUUGGACUUUUUCAUUUUCUUCACUUCGGUGGCCACUGUCGUGGGAACAAGCGGCCAAUCAACGUACGUUACGGCCAAUGCUUUCAUGUCGGCCCUUGCAAAGCAGAGAAGAGAUAUACGUGGCGUGGUCGGUUCUGAUAUUGCGAUUGGAGCGGUUCAGGGUGUGGGGUAUCUCAUGAAGGACACAAGCCUCGGCAGAGAUUAUUUCACUCGCCGCGGUUAUCGCAACCUUUCUGAACAGGAUGUCCAGCUACUCUUGGCAGAAGCAAUUCUGGCUGGGAAACCUGGUCAUCAAGGAAGUUCACAGGUCGUAAGCGGCAUCCAGCCGUUCCGCGAGGCAUACAAAAAUCUUACAGCCAACGUGCACUUCCAGCACAUGCGCCUACACGACGGGGACCAGAGUCAUGGAGGUCAGGGCGAUGGAGGAGGUAGUGCGGCCAGUCCUCGUGCUCGUCUUGCUUCCGUUAAAUCACAGACAGAAGCUUUGGCUCUUGUGCAAGACGCGUUUCUAGUUCGACUGAAAUCAAUCUUGAUGAUGCCGAAGACUGAAAUAAUCGACCCACAGACAUCGUUGGUGCAGCUUGGGGCUGAUUCCAUAAUGGCGGUCGACAUUCGAGCUUGGUUCCUCAAAGAGUUGGACGUUGACAUUCCAGUGCUCAAAAUCCUCGGACCGGGUGCAACGGUCGCUGAUCUGGUGGCUGAAUCUGUGAUCAAAUUGUCAUUAGACAUUGAUCCCAUCAAAACUGAAGACAGAAAGGACCAAAUUGUUGCUAACCCCGAGUUAUUAGCGGAUUUGCGAGCACAUUCUGAUAUCGAUCAAGCGGACUCCUCAACUUCAGAGACGGGGGAUACAGGAUCAUCUGAUAGGAGUACUUCAAGCUCACCCUCAUUCAACACAACAGUGGAUACGCCUCUCAAAUCUUCGACGGAGCUUGUGGAUGCAGGGCUUGAGCUACAUCAGAGGGAAGAUGAAAGGAACUCUCAUCGAACGACAAUUCUAACCUCAUGCUCGGAGCGGACUGAGCCAAUGACACUGGGUCAAAAGCGAUUCUGGGUCCUUGAUCGGUACGUCCAGGACCUUACAGCUUUCAACAUCACGUACUUUGCCAAGCUCCAAGGACAUGUCCGCGUGAACGAAUUGGCUCGAGCAGUUGAAAGCGUUGCUCAAAGACACGAAUCACUCCGCACUCGCUAUUUCUGGUCGGAGGACACAGAUAAGACGCCCAUGCAAGGUAUCCUGUCCAAACCGUUGCUUCAGAUCGAGCUAUCCACUAUUCAUCACAGCAAACAAGCUCAUCAGGCGUUUGAGGAUAUGCAGAACUAUAGAUGGAAUUUUGACGAUUGGAUACCACUCCGUAUGCAACUUCUCACAUUGUCGCCGACCGAGCAUUUCUGGAUUGUCGGUACCCACCAUAUUUCCAUGGACGCAUUCAGCUUCAGUGUACUCAUGUUGGACAUACACAAAGCCUACAAGACAACAGGCCAACACUUGCCACCGCUUGCGGACGAGUCUCAGAUCCACGCUCAGGGUGCCCAACAACGUCGUGCCCUGAAGAGCGGCAAGCUGCGUCCUGCAUUGGACUUUUAUCGAAGAUCUCUCUCUGGCAUCGACUUCACCAAGCCUAUCGAACUGUUUCCCUUCGCGACAACGUCACAUCGAUCUCCAAUUGCUGAGUAUGCGACGCAUGUCGCAAAGGUCCGUCUAGAUGCAUCUACUACAGCGAAGCUCAAGGAAGUAGCCCGCCAGCAGCGAGCGACCAACUUCCACGCAUAUCUAGCAGCCCUUCAAACCUUAGUAUUCCGCUUACUCGACGAGGACUCCACCGAUCAAAUUGUCAUUGGACUUUCAGACGCUAACCGUCUGGAAAGGUCGUCUAUGAAAAGCGUUGGGAACUUGUUGAACCUUCUUCCUGUUACUUUUGAACGGUCUAGAGAUCGGACAUUUGCGCAAGCAGUGCAGGAUACCAGAGAUCGCGCCCACGCCGCACUUAAGUACUCUGCUCUGCCGUUCGAUGUGCUUCUCGAUGAGCUCAGCAUCCCUAGGUCGGCCGCCUGGAGCCCUAUAUUCCAGAUCUAUAUGGACUAUCGCCUUGUGGUCAAGGAGCAUGCCGCGAAGACAUGGCUCGACUGCAAGAUAGAAGAAGAGACUUGGCGAACAGCCCGACAUGGCUACGACGUCCUUGUUGAGAUUACAGAAAGUUCGGAAGGUGCUACGAUGGCGGUCCAUGUGCAGAAAGCCUUGUAUUCCGAAAAGGGAGCUGAGCUACUCUGUCGUAGUUACGCCAACAUUCUGAAGCAAGUUGUGGACAAAGGUUCCCAUUUUAACACAAGUCGCAUGGAAAAGUGGAAUGCGCAAGAUGUCCACACUGCUCUGGCUAUUGGUAAAGGUCCCAAGAUGCCACUAGAAUGGCCUACGACAGUCACUGGUAAAGUUGACGAGAUUAUCGUUAGCAAUGGGAACGACAUCGCUCUCAAAGAUGCUCACGGACAGGCCCUCACGUACCGAGCUAUGGACAAGCGUAUCGAGGUAAUCGCCGCGUCGCUUGAAAGCCACCUGUCCAGAUCUGGUGGCAAACAAACCGUUGUCGGCGUCUUCCUGCAACCUUCCGUUGACGCUGUCUGCUCUAUUCUGGCAAUUUGGCGUCUUGGAUCAAUCUACGUGCCACUUGAUCUCAUCAGCGGUAGUACUCGCUUGCAAUCGAUUGUUCAAGCAACUAAGCCCGAUGUCAUUCUGACAGACAUACUGACAAGCAGAAGGAUCGCAGAGAUUGACACGACUGGCCAAGUUCCAACUGUCAAUUUGUCAGAAGACUUGCGAGCCGCAAAUGCCUGUGCACGACCGAAGAGGCCUAUCCUGCAUUCGGAAUCUACUGCAUACAUCGUAUUCACCAGCGGAUCUACAGGAGAGCCUAAGGGUAUCGUCAUUCCGCACUCAGGGGUGCGAGCUUAUCUGGAAGGAUUGCAUCGCACGUGGGACUUUCCGAACAAAGCCAACGUCGUUCUACAGCAGUCUGCACUAAGUUUUGAUGCUUCUUUGUUUCAAACAUUUGCGGCACUCUGCUCCGGUGGAAGCUUGAUCAUCGUUCCCGCUGAAACCCGUGGAGAUCCGGUGGGAAUCACAAACUUGAUGAUCGAGCACGGAGUGACCCUGACUCACGCCACGCCUUCAGAAUAUGACAUGUGGUUUCGCUUCGCCGGCCAAGGGCUGCGGCAAUGCAAGACAUGGAAGGCGGCCUGGUGUGGCGGCGAACCUUCGCCACCCUCAAUUCUCGAUGACUUCCGAGGGCUUAUUGAAAGCAUUCCUGAAUUUCAUCUAAUCUCUACUUAUGGUGCCACCGAGACAUCAAUUGCUGGCGUCGAAGGUGAAGCAGACAUACGCGAUCCUGCAGUUCAGGUUCCGGUACCUGGCCGUCCGUUACCCAACUAUGGAUGCUACGUCGUUGACACAGACCUGAAGCCUCAGCCAAUUGGUGUGGUGGGUGAGAUCGUGUUCUCCGGCUUUGGAGUGGCAGGGACCACUUACCUUCACCGCCCAGACCUCACCCAGCGAGUUUUCUUGAAUAACGAUCUUAACACACCCCAUGAGAAUGGUUGGAGCAGAUUGUACCGUACGGGUGAUCGAGGGCGGCUUGACGAUCACGGUAAAAUCACAUGCUAUGGCAGGAUCGAUGGUGACACUCAAGUCAAAUUGCGAGGCUUUAGGAUCGAGCUGACGGAAAUCGAACGCGUCAUGAUGCAGGAAGCAGCUGGAUUACUAAGGAAUGCCAUUGUCACUCUUCGUGGAGAUGAUGUGCGGGGGAAGUUUAUCGUCGCCCAUGUUCUCUUCGAAAGCACCGAUCACGGGACAGGUGAUACGCUAACCAAGCUCAUCGACAGCCUCAUGGCAAAGUUGCGUCGUCGAUUGCCUCCAUAUAUGCGUCCGACAACAAUCAUUGCGGUCGACAGCAUACCACUUGGGUCAACGGGGAAGACAGAUCGCAAAAAGGUUCAAAACCUACCACUUUCAGGUCUGGAAUCUACGCAGGCUGCUCAGAUAGGCGAUUUGAGUCAAACCGAGCAGCGUCUCCUCUGUUUGUGGCAAUCAUUACUCCCUCCUUGGGGAUUUGCAGAGGAGAUCAAUCGGGGUACAGACUUCUUCCUCUCCGGUGGCAAUUCAUUACUGCUAGUGAAGCUCCAAGACCUUAUAAGGAAGGAGUUCAACGACGCACCUCGAUUGAGUCUACUAAUGAACUCACCCGAGCUGGGCCCCAUGGCAUCACUGCUGGACGUUCACGUGGAUAAGGUCGACUGGAACGCGGAGAUCGAAGUACAGCUUGGAGGUGAACCGAAGUUGCCAAGAGUAAUACAAGACAUCGGCAACAGAUUGAUAAUUGCGCUUACUGGAAGCACUGGAUUUUUGGGUCAACGUAUUCUCCAACAGCUUGUGUCAGACCCUCAAGUCAAGAAGAUCAUCUGUCUUGUUCGUAUUGUUGACGACCGCGACCUGCAGAACCUUUUCCCUUUUAGUAGUCAUAAGGUUCAGAUUGAAGAGGCUGACUUGCCAUCUUUACCACCGGACGACAUUCUGUCCGAGGCAGACUGCAUCCUGCAUUGCGCCGCAGACCGGAACUUCUGGGAUGGCUACCAUGCUCUUCGACCCAUCAACGUUGACGCUGCAAAGGCGCUGGCCCACGUCAGCGUCCGUACCGGUGCGGCCUUGCAUGUCUUGAGCUCAGGUGCCGUGGCGGCAUAUGAAGACGAGGAUGAUGCUCACUCGCCGCGUCCUUCCUCUAGGGAUGGCUACAUUUCAACGAAAUGGGUCACGGAAAGAUACCUGAAACGUGUCGCGCGCCAGACUGCAGUGCCCAUCACUGCUCACCGACCAACACAAGCUCUCUGCAGUGAAGGAGAAAUCAAUACGCAGUGUGAGGCUAGUGUUGCAGACGAUAUGAUCUUCAUCUCCAAGCAGCUAGGUUACCGACCAGACUUCACCAACCUGAGCGGCACAAUCGACAUCGCACACCUUCGUGAUGUCGCAGCCGCCAUAGCGCGGUCGAUCACUUCGAGGGAUUACUCGCCCACAGUUGCCAUGACUGUGAUAGAUUACCCAGGCUCAGAGCGAAUAUCUAUCGAGGGCCUGGCUUUCCUUUUCAAUGCGCUGUUACAGCAUAGCGAGAAUUGGUCUGUCGCAGAGUUACCUAAGAAAUCUGUUUUAUUUUGGGUUGGUGAUGCAAAGCGUGCUGGGAAAUUCGAGUGGUUCUUCACCGCGCAAGACGUAACGAUGCAGGAUAAACAUGGAAAUCGGGUGGUUACAAAACGUUGA